GACACACCCCCAAGAGCUCCUCGUCCUUUGUGGGAGGGGGACGCGGCGCUUGGGGCCGGGUUCCUUUGGAAGGCAGGGAGGAGGGAAAGGAGCAUUCUACGGAUCCACAUUUGUCAUGAUUGGAAACCAUUCAACAUCUAGUGGAUAUUGAAGGAUUUGGAAUUCAAAAGUGCAGCAAGGAAACCAAUCAUAUAGGAAGAAGAAAUGCUGCGAAGGUGCCGAUCUGACUGAAUGCUUCAGCUCACUCAAAGAGUGCAGUGUCUAUCUUGCAUUUUAAAGUAAAUAUCACUACCAAAAUGGAGAAGAAAGAAUAUAAAUGUACUGAAUGUGGAAAGAGUUUUAGUCAGCAGAAAUCUCUGCAGUUACAUGAAAGAACUCACACUGGUAAGAGACCCUACACAUGUCUGGAAUGUGGGAAGAGCUUCUCACAGAGUGGAUAUUUUCAUUCACACCAGAGAAUUCACACUGGUGAGAAACCCUAUACAUGCCUGGAAUGUGGAAAGAGCUUCACUCACAAUUCAAAUCUAUGUUCACAUCAAAGAGUUCACACUGGGGAGAAACCCUUUAAAUGCUUGGAGUGUAGAAAGAGUUUCACUCACAGUGGACAUCUACGUAAACAUCAAAUAACUCACACUGGGGAGAAACCCUAUACAUGCCAGGAGUGUGGAAAGAGCUUUGCUCAAAGUGGACAUUUGCGUUCACAUCGUAAAUCCCACACUGGGGAGAAAAACCUUAAGUGCCAGGAAUGUGGAAAGAAAUUCACUCACAGUGGAAGUCUACGUUCACAUCAAAGAACUCACACUGGGGAGAAACUCUAUACGUGCCUGGAAUGUGGAAAGAGCUUUACUCACGGUGCGAAUCUGCGUUCACAUCAAAGAAUUCACACUGGGGAUAAACCCUUUAAAUGCCCGGAUUGUGGAAAGACUUUUGCUGACAAUGGAAGUUUACGUAGUCAUCACAGAACCCACACUGGGGAGAAACCCUUUCAGUGCCUGGAGUGUGGCAAGAGCUUCACUCACGGUGCAAGUUUCCAUAUACAUCGAAGAACUCACACUGGGGAGAAACCAUUUAAAUGCCUGGAUUGCGGAAAGAGCUUCACUGACAGUGGAAGUCUACGUAGGCAUUAUAGAACUCACACUGGGGAGAAACCCUAUAAAUGCUUGGAGUGUGGAAAGAGCUUUGCUCGGAGUGGACAUCUACGUACACAUCAAAGAGUUCACACUGGGGAGAAAUCCUAUAAAUGCCAGGAAUGUGGAAAUAGCUUCACUCACAGUCAUGGUCUACAUUCACAUCAAAGAACUCACACUGGGGAGAAACCCUAUAAAUGCACGGAGUGUGGAAAAAGCUUUGUGCAUAGUGAAGGUUUACAUUCACACAAAAGAAUUCACACUGGGGAGAAACCCUAUGAAUGUCCAGAGUGUGGAAAGAGAUUCACUCAGAGUGGAAAUUUACAGACACAUCGAAGGAUUCACACUGGGGAGAAACCAUAUAAAUGCCUGGAUUGCGGAAAGAGCUUCACUGACAGUGGAAGUCUACGUGGGCAUAACAGAACUCACACUGGGGAGAAACCCUAUAAAUACCAGGAGUGUGGAAAGAAUUUUGCAAAUAGUGGAAAACUACGUUCACAUCAAAGAACUCACACAGGGGAAAAACCCUAUGAGUGCCUGGAGUGUGGAAAGAGCUUCACUCACAGUGAAAGUCUACGUAAUCAUCAAAGAACUCACACUGACGAGAAACCGUAUAAAUGCCUGGAGUGUGGAAAAAGUUUCUCACAGAAUGGAAAUCUGCAUUCACAUCAGAGAACCCACACUGGGGAGAAACCCUAUAAAUGCGCGGAGUGUGGAAAGAGUUUCUCACAGAAAGGAAAUCUGCAUUCACAUCAGAGAACCCAUACUGGGGAGAAACCCUAUAAGUGCCUGGAGUGUGGAAAGAGUUUCUUUCAGAAUGGAGAUCUGUGCAAACAUUAUAGAACCCACACUGGGGAGAAAUCCUAUAAGUGCCUGGAAUGUGGAAAGAGCUUCAGUUACAAUGGAGAUCUACAUAAACACCAAAGAACUCACACUGGGGAGAAACCCUAUAAAUGCCUAGAAUGUGGAAAGAGUUUCUCACAUUGUGGAAAUCUGCAUUCACAUCAGAGAACCCACACUGGGGAGAAACCCUACACGUGUCAGGAAUGUGGAAAGAGUUUCUUGCAGAAUGGAGAUCUACGUAAACAUCAUAGAAUCCACACUGGGGAGAAACCCUACACAUGCCAGGAAUGUGGAAAGAGCUUCACUUACAAUGGAGAUCUACAUACACACCAAAGAACUCACACUGGGGAGAAACCCUAUAAAUGCCUGGAGUGUGGAAAGAGCUUUACUCGGAGUGGAAAUCUACGUUCACAUCAAAGAAUUCACACUGGGGAGAAACUCUAUUCAGGCAGUCUCCAAGUUACUAAUAAGAUAGGUUCUGUUGGUUUGUUCUUAAGUUGAAUUUUAAAUUUAACUCCAUCCAAAUGUUAUGUAUGUAUGUAUGUAUGUAUGUAUGUAGAUAGAUAGAUAGAUAGAUAGAUAGAUAGAUAGAUAGAUAGAUAGAUGGAUAGGUUUUGCAUAGUACACAGAAGGGUUAACACUCCAUUGGUUUUAGUUUUGCUCUUGAUGUCCCUGUUCAGAUUUCACUUCACUUUCCGUCUCUGUGAUAAUUGGAUUUUGAAAAAAAAUGGCUUGGCAUGGAAACAAGGUCUGAGGAUUAAACUUCAGUAGUAGAUUUCUCUCAUUUCCUGUUGUCUCAACCCCAUUCAUAACUACGAGUCGUUUGUAAGUUGAUGUUUGUAACUCUGGAACUGCCUGUACAUGCCUGGAUUGUGGAAAGAGUCAGCAUCUCCUUUAAUAAGGAUUAUGGGAAGCGAUACUACAAAGAAGAGAAAGGAAAGAGGAGAGGAUGUUCUGUAGGAAGAUGUCAAAGGAGCUUUGUAAUUGAAAUAUAAAGUGUAUAAAGUAUAACCCUCUUGCAAGUCUACUUCAGUUCAUAGAAUCGUAGCAUUGGAAGAGACCUGGUGGGACAUCCAGUCCAACCCCAUUCUGCCAAGAAACAGAAAAAUCACAAUCAAAGCACCCCCAACAGAUGGCCAUCCAGCCUCUGUUUCAAAAUCUCUGAAGAACGAACCUCCACCACACUCCCUCCGGGGCAGAGAGAGAGAGUGUUCCCCUGCUGAACAGCUCUCACAGUCAGGAAGUUGUGUUAGUUUUGGCCCAUCAUCUCUCUCAUCUGUGAAGAUUGUUUUGAGUUCUGCUGUCUUCUGGAAUCUUGGCAAUCCCAAUUUGGUGUC